CCUUUUGUUUGGCAGGCUGUUUUCUUCGUCGACGAUUGUUUGCAAUGAAAGGUCAUUUCAGACCACCUCUGGAGGUGGAGGUGGUAUUAUAUAAAAAGGGUCCUCCCGCGCGCCCGCAGGCCGCUGACAGAAGGGUCACCAUUUUUGAAGCAUUUGGGUAGCGGGCCUCUCGAAUGCGACCGGGAAAAUGCAGCAAAAUUUGGGAUUUAAGGUCGUUAGGUGCCCGUGUGAGUAUGCCCUCAUUCAUUCAUUGAUUGGUAGGUAUCAAUUGAUUGAUUGAUUGAUGGAUUGAUUGGUUGAUUGAUUGAUUGAUUGAUUGAUUGGUUGAUUGAUUGAUUGAUUGAUUGACAGGUAGGUAUCAAGUGAUUGAUUGAUCGAUUGAGUUUACGUGCUUGUUUGAUCGAGCGAGCGAUUGGUAGAUCGAUCGGUUUCAGUGAUUGAGGAGAUUCGUGCGUGAGUGUUGCUGUGUGUUGGAUAUUUGUUGUGAAAGGGGGGGGGAGGGAAGGAAAGGGGGGAGAAAAGAUGGAUAGACUGGGGGGCGGAGAGCUGGAACAGAAGGGAAAUGAGUUCUAUGCGAAGGCGAUUAAGAAGAUGAAAGGAUUCGGUUGGUUCAGCAACAAAUGGGAAGAAGCGGCCACUCUUCUCGAGAAGGCGGCAAAUAACUUCAAGCAAGCGAAAGCAUGGAAUAAAGCUGGCGAGGCAUAUGUGAAGCUUGCGGAAUGCCAUGACAGGCAGCAGGAUAGUAAACAUGAAUCUGCGUCUGCUCUGGUUGACGCUGCGACGGCGUACAAGAAGGUUAAUCCUGAAGCAUCAAUAAAUUGUCUACGGGAAGCUGUGAACAAAUUCAGAGAGAUUGGACGCCUCAACAUGGCAGCACGGCAUAUAAAGGACAUUGCAGAAAUUCAUGAGAAGAGUGAGGAUUUUGCAAGUGCUAUGGAGUUUUAUGAAAUGGCUGGAGACCUAUUUUCAGCAGAAGAGCAAAACAGCACAGCAAAUCAAUGCAAGCUCAAGGUGGCAUCAUUUGCGGCGCAGCUUGAAGACUACCCGAAAGCCAUUGAGAUCUUUGAAGCUGUUGCCAGGGAGUCUAUGGACAACAACCUAUUGAAGUAUAGUGUGAAGAAUUACUUGCUGCAGGCUGGUCUCUGCCGUCUAUGUCAGGCUGAUCCAGUGGCGAUCGACAACAGCUUAAAAAGAUUUGCGGAAAUUGACCCGACAUUCAGUGGAACUAGGGAGCACAAGUUCCUAGUGGAACUGGCUGCUGCCUGUGAAGCGGUUGAUGUGCCGAAGUUCACACAGAUUGUGCAGGAGUUUGAUAGCAUGAGCCGACUGGAUGCUUGGAAAACGACGUUGUUGCUGCGCACAAAGAAGGGUCUGGAAGAGAAGGAGAAGAAUGAAGAUGUGCUUCUGUGAUUGGUUUGGAAAGCAUCUGAGAUUUCACUGUCUACCAUUUCUAUUGUAGGGUGGUCCAUGUGGGAGCUUCACACUGGGGUCUAAUGAGUCAUUUGGUUUGGGCAACCCCCAAUUCUUUCAGACGGUUUCAGGUACGGGUAGAUGGGUGGGCCAGGGGGUGAAUGUAGAUGUCUCUUUAUCUCUGAUAUCCUGUACAGCAUUGCGUAGAAGAUUCACCGUCAGGUUUUUGAAUCACUAGAUGUGCUCCCGCUGUUCGUGACUCACCAGUCAAUUGAGCCUUUACUAACUAACCCGCUUGCUUCUUCUCGAAAGCCUGUCCUAAGAUUUGCUUUCUUGCCCAUCACCAGUUCGGCAUUUAUGCAAUCACCGCAUGAGGUGCACGCCAUGUUGCAAACACGUUUUGCAUGUUUGUGCAGUCGUGACGUGUAUGCUGUGUUGUUAUCAGGAAAGAACAUGUACUCGAGAAUAAACAGGUGGGUUGGUGAUGGGUGGAUGUGGGGGGAAAGAGAGAGAGAGAGAGAGAGAGAGAGAGAGAGAGAGAGAGAGAGAGAGAGAGAGAGAGAGAGAGAGAGAGAGAGAUCGAAUUCUUCUCCUCCUCUUCUCCUCCUCUUCUCCUCCCCUCCAUAUAUGCCUACUUGCAAUGGGUUCUCUAUAGUGUAUGACUGUGAAACCGGGUACCUGCAGAUGUGGGUUGGUGAUGGGAGUUCACUUCUGAGCAAUGGAUGCUCUAUAGAUGAAUGUGACAGCCGGUUCCUGACUUUACGUGAGGGGAGCUGGAAGAGAAUUUGGAGCCUUGGAAUUCAAUCAAUUCUGGAAGGAAAAGUGGAGCUAGAAUGUUUCCUAUCAGAAUAUUGGAUGAUGAAUAGAGGAUGGAAGGAGGGAAAAGAGGGUGCUCCUUACUGGCCAAACCCAUAACCCAACUCCUGCUCUUUGGAUCAGGAACAGGGGGAAUAUAUAUCAUGAAUUUUGGAAUCUUCUGGUGAAUCUCCUCUGUCUGUUCAGGUAAGGUGAGACUUGAUGAACGCACGACCAUUCAACGAAGUUUCAUUUGUGGUGAGUCCGCUGGAGCUGUACUGCUUUGUUGGCUGCUCAAUGAGCGAGGAGUCACAAGUUUGCUGUCUGUGAAGUCAGAAGAACACGUUGACUGUCUGGUCCGUGAAGUCGGUGAAGUCUUGGUUCGGUCGCAAUGAUGCACGAAAUGGAGCUGAGUUGAGAUCAUGCUCGCGGGCACGUCAUCUAGGUGUGUACUUUUCCUUGGCGUUUGUCUGGCUCCUGGGCGACCGAAAAGAAGUCCCCCGGGCCCCAGAUGAUGUACCAGAAACUUCCCAAGUGGGACACAAUUGUUGGUGCUGAAGUAGUCUCCUUCCCUCCCCAGGUGAGAGACCAGAAAUUUCCCGUCACAUGUGUGGCACAUUUGUUGGUGCUGUGUGUACGAAUGCUUGGACAUCGGAAGGUCUCAAGUGCUUGGUCACAGCGUUCGAUCAAAGCGCAGUUGAAUUGAACUCCAAUUUAAUCUCUUGUAUCCUCUCCAUUGUUUACCUCUCUCCAUAUUGAAGUCGGCAGCUUAUAGAUGGGGAUUUCUGGAGAUAGGCCAGCAGGACGUGGACACUGCUUAUUCCUUAAUGGUCUGAUGUGUUACUCCCUCCCAUAUGAGGACAGGAGGUUCCGAUAGACCUUCAGUGAACGCGGUGGUCUAGAGUUCAUAGUUGCGAGCCAUAGCCUGGUUAUUAUAUGGCUUUGUGUGCCAGCGACCCCGAAGAACUGAGGUGCUGAGUUUCGUUAACGGUUCCAUGUGCUACUCUUCGUAUAACCGCCAUGGAUCAGUCUAGAUGCGUCCCCACAAGGUCCUUUGCAUAGAUUAGCAUACAACAACCCGUUCCCUACCGCUGCAAGUCUGUUCAGCUGGUUGUUGUUUGUGUAAAUCCCUACCGCUCUGCAAGUCGGUUCAGCUGGUUGUUGUUUGUGUAAAUCCUCAAUGUCGGCAAGCUAUUUGCCAGCUUCUGCCUCAGCUGGCCAAACAUUGGAAAUGAGCUAUAUUUCUCCCGUCUUUGCUGGCCCUAUCUAUAGCUGGCUUUUGCCUUUAGUUGCCUUUUUUGUAUUUGUGGAAUGCUGCUAUAUAAAACUGCCCCCACUUUUUUAGAUGCUAAGAGAGUGGGUGUUGAAAAUUGGGUUGCCUGUGAGCUAAUCAAUGCGGGAAAUGGCCUGUUGUUCGCAGUUGGCAGAUGUUUGGGCCAUCGUGGGAAGAGGCCUCUGUGUGGGCACAAUUGGGGAAUGGAAUGUGGAAUGUAGCCUGAAUCUUAUAUAAUAUACAGGGUACUCAGAUGUACUCCAGCUUCAACUCCUUGGCCACGGUGACUUUGUGGCGAUUCAAUUGAACCCGUCGAACCAGCUCUGGCGAUUCGAUUGAACCCGGUGCACCAGCUCUGGCGAUUCAGUUGAAGCGGUUGAGCCAGCUCUGCAUGGCGAGGUUCGGGAUUUUUGGGAAUGGGGAACAUUUCCCAGUUUGUGGCGUUGGGGCAUGCUCCAAAGAAAGGAAGCCAGAACACAGAGGGAGCUAUGAAUUCACUGUGGAAAAGGAGGGACAGGACAGAGUAUUCCUCCCUCCAUGAAUUGAAUUUCUUUGUCAUUUGGAUGCAGAGAGACUGAGUAGAAAAAGAAAAGCUACAUCAGAAUAGAGAGUGGUUUGAAG